UAAUUUCUUGGCAAAAACAAGUCCUUCAAGCUCAUCCCUGUAUGUAUUCCUGUUUAAACGCAGGACCGUCUCCCAAAGCGCACACUGCGUAGGAAGCAAGCGAGUCCCAAGAGCGUCGUUUUCACUGAUCGCCGCAAUCGCCGCCACCGUCCAUGGCGGAGCCCAAGACCAAGUAUGACCGUCAGCUCAGAAUCUGGGGUGAGCAAGGACAGGCUGCCCUUGAGAAAGCAAGUAUAUGCUUGCUUAAUUGUGGUCCUACUGGUUCUGAAACUUUGAAGAAUCUUGUGCUUGGUGGGAUUGGAAGUGUAACUGUAAUAGAUGGUUCCAAAGUUGAAGUGGGUGACCUUGGAAAUAAUUUUAUGGUGGAUGAGUCAAGUGUGGGGCAAUCAAAGGCAAAAUGUGCAUGUACAUUUCUUCAGGAGUUAAAUGAUGCUGUUAAAGCAAAAUUUAUAGAGGAGCAUCCAGAGGAAUUAAUUGAGACAAAUCCAUCAUUCUUUUCUCAAUUUACCUUGGUGAUUGCCACCCAGCUUGUUGAAGAUUUGAUGAUAAAGUUGGAUAGGAUAUGCCGUGAAGCUAAUGUCAUGUUGAUAUUUGCACGCUCCUACGGGCUCACUGGGUUAGUUCGGAUCAGUCUUAAGGAACAUACUGUAAUUGAGUCAAAGCCUGACCAUUUUCUGGAUGAUCUUCGGUUAAAUAAUCCAUGGCCUGAGCUCAGGAGCUUUGCAGAAACUAUUGAUUUGAAUGUGCCCGAUCCUGUUGUCCAUAAGCAUGUACCAUAUGUCGUCAUUCUUGUUAAAAUGGCAGAUGAGUGGGCCCAAAAUCAUGGUGGAAACCUUCCAUCAACCAGGGAAGAGAAAAAAGAGCUCAAGGAACUAAUUAGAUCCAGGAUGAGGGCAAUGGAUGAAGACAAUUACAAAGAAGCAAUUGAGGCCUCAUUUAAAGUCUUUGCUCCUCAGGGAACUAGUUCAAAUCUACAACGGAUAAUUAAUGAUAGUUUUGCUGAUGUUGAUUCUAAUUCAUCUGAUUUUUGGGUUAUGGUGGCAGCUCUGAAGGAGUUCAUUGCCAAUGAAGGCAGGGGAGAAGUACCUCUUGAGGGGUCAAUACCAGAUAUGACAUCUUCCACAGAAUUAUAUGUAAACCUGCAGAAGAUAUACCAAGCCAAGGCUGAGGCUGAUUGUUUGGUUGUUGAACAACAUGUCAGGAAUAUUCUAAAGAAAAUUGGUAGAGAUCCUGAUAGUAUUCCAAAGCCAGUGAUAAAAAGCUUCUGCAAAAAUGCCAGGAAGCUCACAGUAUGCAGAUAUCGUCUCCUUGAGGAUGAAUUUAGUUCUCCAGCCCAACCGGAGUUGCAGAAAUAUCUAGCGGAUGAAGACUACAGUACUGCUAUAGGGUUCUAUAUUCUUCUCCGAGCUGCUGAUCGAUUUGCUUCAAACUACAACAGUUUCCCUGGCCAAUUUGAUGGCGAGAUGGAUGACGAUAUAUCUAGAUUGAAAACUACAGCUGUUGGUCUGCUUGGCGACUUGGGUUGCAACGGGUCAACCUUGACAGAGGAUCUUAUCAAUGAGAUGUGCCGAUAUGGUGCUUCAGAGCUCCACGCAGUUGCUGCCUUCAUUGGUGGAAUUGCAUCCCAGGAAGUUAUCAAGCUGAUCACAAGGCAGUUUGUUCCUAUGUGUGGAACUCUAAUCUUCAACGGCGUUGACCACAAGUCUCAAUUGUUGUUGCUGUAGUGGACGAAUUUUCCAGAAAAUGGGGCUUCUAUCAAUCUUUCAUGAGGUUCAGGUGGCAGGUUCGGGCUCAAAAUAUUUAUCGUAAAUUGAGGGAUGGGAAGGGAUUGGAUUGGGAUGGGUCUAUAUGGGUAUGGCUGUUGGUGCAACAAUGUUUUUGAAGUUGAGAACUCUACUUUGCCCCCCAACUUUUUGUGUUUUAUCCUCAUGGCUGGACUGGGCGGAGCUGGAACUGGAAGCUUGUGCCGGAUGCGACUACUCUGUAGCAGCGUUGUCGGGGAGAGCGAGCAUUAUUUGCCACAAGCCUUCACUACAACCGUUCGCUUGAAUAUUUGUGCACUAUUUCCGACUAACCGGCCGGCUUGAGAUCUUGAGUUUCUUUUUGAUUUCAGGAGUCCACUACAAAAUUGAAAAUUUCCAAGUCCGCUCAUAGAAUCUAUAUUUUAAAAAUGUGAUACAAAAUAUAUUUUAUAAUUUUAGCAUUUCCAGAACUGGUUUUGUC